AAUGCUCCAAAAGGAUUACAAGAUGCUUUUAAGGAUUUUACAAAGCCAAAAUAUUGGCAAAAACAUGUUUGGGAGCUUGAUCCUGAUGAUCAGAAUAACAAUGGAUACCAAAAUGAAGAUCUUAUUGUCUGGAUGAGAACUGCAGCCUUGCCGACAUUUAGAAAAUUAUAUCGCAGAGUUGAUCACAACAUUUCUGGUUUUAUGGAUGGCCUUAUGAGGGGAAAGUAUGAGUUACUAGUGAAUUACACUUAUGAUGUGAGUCAUUUUGAUGGGUCUAAAAGAAUGAUUUUGAGUACAACUUCACUUAUAGGUGGAAAAAAUCCAUUCCUAGGAAUUGCUUAUAUAGUUGUUGGUUGUUUAUGCUUGCUAUUAGGCAUAACACUCCUUUUCAUUCAUAUUAAAAUGGGAAAAAGCACCACCGAAAUAAUUAACGUCACUCCUAGAACUCCGUGGACUCCACAGUAGUGAAUCUAGUGAUACACAAA